AUGAAUGCUGGACGCAAGGAUCAAGAGCAAGCUCAAGCGGCCGCUGCCCAGUCCGGUCUGAGGCCAUCACGACCACCCACUUUCGAUCAGCGCAUGCAGGCAGUGGAGGAGGGAAUCGAAAAACUGGCUGAAAUGAUCGAGGAUUACAAGAGAUGUUACCGAUCGACUGAACCCGAACCGCAGGCCAAGACGCCGAAGCGCAAAGCAGCGAAUGCACCAGUGAAUGCACCAGCGAAUGCACCAGCGAGUGCACCAGCGAAUGCACCAGCGAGUGCACCAGCGAAUGCACCAGCGAGUGCACCAGCGAAUGCACCAGCGAAUGCACCAGCGAGUGCACCAGCGAAUGCACCAGCGAAUACUCUGGGAAAAAAAGCAACGAAUGCAAACGGCAAGGAGCCCCAAGUGAAGAAACCAACGAGCACCAAAUCCAUGGCACCGACCAGCUACCAAGCCAUGGUACAGCCAAAAAUCGAAGCCUCACUGACAAUGGACCUCACACCAACCAUCAAAGCCAUUGAGAAGAUGUGGCAGCCGAAGCACCAGGUGCAACCAAAGAAGAUCAAAUUAAGCUCCCAAUCUGAGGCACCAUUGAAGAUCAGACUGGAACUGGAAGGCUCUGAGGACAUGGCGCCACCGAAGACAGAAUCCGUGGAAUCGACUAGCACCCAGACUAUGGCACUAAAGAAGAUCAAAGGAAGCUCCCAAUCUGAGGCACCACUGAAGAUCAAACUGGAACUGGAAAGCCCAGAGGGCAUGUCGCCACCGAAGAUAGAAUCCGUGGAAUCGACUAGCACCCAGGCUAUGGCCAAACUGGAACUGGAAAGCCCAGGGGGCAUGUCGCCACCGAAGAUAGAAUCCGUGGAAUCGACUAGCACCCAGGCUAUGGCCAAACUAGAACUGGAAAGCCCAGGAGGCAUGUCGCCACCGAAGAUAGAAUCCGUGGAAUCGACUAGCACCCAGGCUAUGGCACCAAAGAAGAUCAAAGGAAGCUCCCAAUCUGAGGCACCAUUGAAGAUCAGACUGGAACUGGAAGGCUCUGAGGACAUGGCGCCACCGAAGACAGAAUCCGUGGAAUCGACUAGCACCCAGUCUAUGGCCAAACUGGAACUGGAAAGCCCAGGGGGCAUGUCGCCACCGAAGACAGAAUCCGUGGAAUCGACUAGCACCCAGGCUAUGGCCAAACUGGAACUGGAAAGCCCAGGAGGCAUGUCGCCACCGAAGAUAGAAUCCGUGGAAUCGACUAGCACCCAGGCUAUGGCACCAAAGAAGAUCAAAGGAAGCUCCCAAUCUGAGGCACCAUUGAAGAUCAGACUGGAACUGGAAGGCUCUGAGGACAUGGCGCCACCGAAGACAGAAUCCGUGGAAUCGACUAGCACCCAGGCUAUGGCCAAACUGGAACUGGAAAGCCCAGGGGGCAUGUCGCCACCGAAGAUAGAAUCCGUGGAAUCGACUAGCACCCAGGCUAUGGCCAAACUGGAACUGGAAAGCCCAGGGGGCAUGUCGCCACCGAAGAUAGAAUCCGUGGAAUCGACUAGCACCCAGUCUAUGGCCAAACUGGAACUGGAAAGCCCAGGGGGCAUGUCGCCACCGAAGAUAGAAUCCGUGGAAUCGACUAGCACCCAGGCUAUGGCACCAAAGAAGAUCAAAGGAAGCUCCCAAUCUGAGGCACCACUGAAGAUCAAACUGGAACUGGAAAGCCCAGAGGGCAUGUCGCCACCGAAGAUAGAAUCCGUGGAAUCGACUAGCACCCAGGCUAUGGCACCAAAGAAGAUCAAAGGAAGCUCCCAAUCUGAGGCACCAUUGAAGAUCAAACUGGAACUGAAAGUCGAGGACUCACGGCAAAAAGACGAUGAUCCAGCCAAUAAUUCCAUUUAG